GGCCCGCCGCGCGAGGCGGCCCGGGUCGGGCGGCAGCAUGCGGAGCGGCGAGGAGCUGGACGGCUUCGAGGGCGAGGCCUCGAGCACCUCCAUGAUCUCGGGCGCCAGCAGUCCGUACCAGCCCACCACGGAGCCGGUGAGCCAGCGCCGCGGGCUGGCCGGCCUGCGCUGCGACCCCGACUACCUGCGCGGCACGCUCGGCCGCCUCAAGGUCGCCCAAGUGAUUUUGGCCCUGAUUGCAUUCAUCUGUAUCGAGACCAUCAUGGAGUGCUCCCCAUGUGAAGGCCUCUACUUUUUUGAGUUUGUAAGCUGUAGUGCAUUUGUGGUGACUGGAGUCUUGCUGAUUCUGUUCAGUCUCAACCUUCACAUGAGGAUCCCCCAGAUCAACUGGAACCUGACAGAUUUGGUCAACACUGGACUCAGCACUUUCUUUUUCUUUAUUGCCUCAAUUGUACUGGCUGCUUUAAACCACAAAACCGGAGCAGAAAUUGCUGCUAUGAUAUUUGGCUCCUUGGCCACAGCAGCCUAUGCGGUGAGCACGUUCCUGGCUGUGCAGAAAUGGAGAGUCAGUAUCCACCAGCAGAGCGCCAAUGACUACAUUCGAGCCCGCACUGAGUCCAGAGACGUGGACAGUCGCCCCGAGAUCCAGUGCCUGGACACGUGAGGAUUUCUGGAGUCCUCCUUCCUCUCAUCCUCAUGCCCAUCUUUCCAAUCAAGUUUUCUUUCCCUCGGCACGUCAAACUUUCAUGUGAUUUAGUUGAAUUUUGUCUUCUUAAGUUCACUUUGGGAAAGGGCAUCCAUAGUGGCCCAGUGGACAGGUGUGUGGUGGCCUGAAAAGACCCAUGUCCUCGAGUGUUGGGUGGCUGUGGGAGCCUCUGGCCACACUGACCUCCUGUGUCUACUCUAGGGCUUAAGUGUCCCAGAGUGCAGGCUCCCAUCUGACUCUGAGCCAUCCUGUCAUGUAUUUGUGAUGAGUCAAGACUUUGGGUUAAAUGGGGCUGCUAAAGAGGGGAAAUACAUGUCAAGGAAUGAAGGUUAGGGUUAAAACAGUCACCAGUGCUCUGGGCAGGUAUUGAGUCUGGCUACCAGGAUCCACUCUCCUCAUCUUCCCUGCACCUGGUGUCCAGGUAGCUAGCACAUCCUGAAGGCCACAGGGUACUCUGAGGGUUUUGGUGAUGGAUGUGCUGGUAGAUCUUCUGCCUGGUCAUAACAGGGACAGGAAAAGCUGGUGUCCUGUGGGGGGACAGCUCCCAGGACUGCCUGAUUCACGGGAGAGUCACUUUUUCUUUCCUACUCUGCUGAGAAAUCACUUGAUUCUUCCUCAAAUGAAUCAUCUUCCUGAGUCCCAGAUUUUUUUUCCAGGAAUAUGGAGACCACCUUGUUUUCCAGAUUCCUGUCUACCCUAAAUACUUUGAGAAUGAAUUGUGGGGUGUCUGUAAUUUUACCGACUCAGGUAAAAGCCGCAAAAGAAACAAUACAUUUUAGCAGCCAAAGCACUUGCCUGUUUGCUGCCUUCAUGGACCACAUUUGUGUUACAAAUCAGCACACACAAACACUUCCCUGUGUUUUAGGGGUGUGUGUUCAUUUUCUAAGUGAGUUCUAAAGUGAUUCUGAGUAGAUUUGUCCAGGAUUUGAAAAUACUUGAAUUUGCACCAGGACACGUCCUCCCACUGACAUUUCAGUAGGCACUGAUUGUUGCCCUGGGGGCCUGAGCGCCAUCACUAUCAACAGCAGCUCUUGGGAGUUGUUGGGGGAAGUCCUAGUUACUUAAGGUUUUUGAUUGAUUCUUGAUAAAAGUGAAGAUUUGUGUGUGUGUGGUGAAUGAGAGGGUUAAAAUAAGACCCUAUAAUGUUAUAGUUUUGUUGUUGUUAAAAACUAAUAUCUUUUAAUGAAAAAUUUGUUUUAGUUUGUCAGGUUUUCACUCUUUAAACUGUUUAAUGUUUACAGACAUCACUGUAGCUCUCAUAUUUUGUGUUUAGCCCUCACCAAGGAAAAGGUACCACUGGUGGAAGGAUUUUGUAGUAGUCUGGAGAAACCCCAGGAUCUUGUACUGAGGACUGUUUAUAGCUUUAGCAAUGUCUUGUGAGGUAGACAACCCGGAAGAGAGAAGAGGGGUGGUAUAUGUUUGGGGUAAGGAGAGGAAUAUUUGUAGGAAGCCCCCUCUAAUGCACGUGUGGCAUUGUGUUCUUCAGAAAAGAGCAGCAUCCUGUUCAACAGUGAGGAUGGGUGUCUGCUAGACUAGGACUCUACAGGAAGUGGUGCCAUGCUGUGCCUUGUGGUCAGGUUAAAGGUUAGCUCCCUAACCCAACAUCCAGUAUAGAUCAGUUCUGGUGCACUUCCUGUCCAGACAGUGGCCCAGAUCACAUGAAGCACAAGUCUGCAUCAGGGGAUGACCCAGCUAGUCUUGUGGUUACUCCCCUCUUCUGCCACAGAGGUCAGCCUGGCCUGGUUACAGCUGGGUAUAGUGUGCCGUGUAGCUGAUGGAGCCCUCUUUCCUUGCCUGUUGUGAGUCAGUACGUAGCAUGCUUCACAAACUUUGAACCUGUGAUAUGUAAUGAUGUGUGGGAAGCUGAUGACAUCUGAAUUUUAUCUGUUCAUUUUACAUAUUUGUUCUGCAUUGAUGAGUGAGUCUACAUAAUCAAAACUGAGGUUAUCUUCCAAUUAAAAAAGAGAAUUCCACUUAAAAUAGGAUCAUAAAGACUGAGGCUUGCAUUGGAUUGGGCCUACUUGGAAGGACCACCCUGAACUUUAUCAGAUAUCUGCUGGGAGUCAAGUUACUUGGCCUUUUAUUAAGGCUACUUUUGAAGUGAGACUGAAAGAGAAAACCAUUCAGGCAAGAUCAUUGCUCAAGUUUUCCAAGUCACUUCAGUAAAACCAGUUUAUCAUCUGAUGAAAGGAGACUGUUGACUUGCCUCCUAAUAUGUACUGUCAGCUGAAAAAAGUUCUGAGGCCAAUCAAGACCAGAAAUGCUGAGGCAUGAUAAAAAGUGAUGAUGCCUGUACCCAGAGAGACUUUGGAGUUAAUUUGCAUCUUAGUGACAGAAUCUUUGGACUGUUUAUGUCCCUGUAACUACUUAAUAUCAUUUGUCAUGAGGCUUCUCCAUGAAGUGGCCUGUACACUUUCUAGUUGGUGUAGUGCAUAGCCCUGUCUCCUCAUAUACCCAUAAUGUAGGGAGGGAAAGUUAUGAAGGGAAUACGGCUGUCUACUGAGAAUGUAAAGAAACCUGCAUUUUUCUUAUGUUGCUUCUGUGUACAAACAAAAGACAAUCUAGAUUUGGAGGUCUUAAAUUGAUCUCUUAGAAAAUUGAAGAAGCAAUUUUGCAACUAGUAGUUCCAGUUUAGACCAGUGUCACUUAGGUUUGAGGUAUUUUAAGGCUAAGGCAACCUUAGAUUUCUGUUUUCUGGUGGGAUGAAUUGGCUUUCAUUGUUGGAGUACAACUGGAAGGGAGAUGUGUUCCUGGAGAUGUGGCAACCCGCAGCACUUGGUAGAACCUAUGGCGGUUUUGAUGGAUGCAAACACUGACAUCUUCAGAGGAAGUUUAUUUUGACACUGAUUUUGUUAGCUGGGUGCUUUUCUUUUCUGAUUCCUUUACCCCUUUUUGUGCUGCUGAAGACAUGGAAGGCAACCCCUUUUUCCUUUCAUACAGAGAGACUGUUGCCAUGAAAACCUAAAAAUGCUUGUUGGCCUAUGGUAAGGGCAAACAGAUUAAAAUAUUCUCAGUGGAAUUUGAUUUAAAACAAAGAGACAUCCGAGGGAGAUUGUUUUUUAUCUACAAAAAAAAAAAUGUAAUAAUGACCCUACUUCCAGCCUACAUCUUUCUUAGCAAUGGUCACUGAAGUGCUCCAGUUGGCUGCACAGCUACAGGGAAAUCGGCAAGGAUGCCAGACUCUGAGUGCUUGGCCCUGGGUCCACUUUACCAUCUCCUGCAACAGGCCAAGGGUAUCUGGCCUCCACCCUGGGUUAGAUGAUUCUGGUAAGAGCCUUGUGAAAACAUUCCUACUCUCUUCAAGUUUGCAGUUUUAUCCACCUUCUGUAAAGCUUUCCUAGUGACUCAGACGUGGGUUAAGCCACAGGCAUUCUCUGAGGAGAGGAAGCCCUAACUCUUAUCUGCACAUGUAUGUGAAUUCUUGCUUGCUGUGAAUGAGCCUCAGAUAACCCUUGUGUGUGGCCCAAGCUCACCUCUACUCCUAGUUUUGCAUGCACUAUUUGGAAGAAACCCCUUACCUAUCAAUGUGCUUUCAGAGGUCUCAUGUCUGUCUGUGCCAGAUUUCUUGUGGGUAGGUCUUGGGACCUGUCCUAACCAAAAAAGAAAGAAAAAAAAAAAGAGCAUGAAGACUUGUGGCCAAGUUAGUAUUAAGUGGUUACUGCUGUGCCAUCUGUGUCCAAAACAAAGCAAUCAUGAAAUCAUUGUGCCACUACCUGAUUGUCAUUUUCUCUAGACCUUGUCUGUGGAGCAGUAGCAGAACUGGUAAUACACUUUCUAGACUGAGAGCUGCUGGGCAAUUUUCAUGAGCAGAAGAAAAGUUGUUUCUGGCUCUAGGGACUGCUGUUACCUGGGAGGUCUCCAGGUGCCUUUUAAGUUUCUUGAGAAGUUGCAGGAUCCAAGUCUUCUGUUUCCUUGGUCUGUCUGAUUUUGAUCAGUACCCACUCCUAGGACCAACUAGGCAAGGGACUUGGUGGGCAGAUGAGGUCAACACAGGGGUGGGUGAGAAGUGAGGAGGAAGGGAAAGGGGGCUUUUGUUGGCACCAGGUGUGUUUAUACCUCAGGCUACUUAAGGAAUGUGUUUUUGGCUCACCACCUUCCUAUGCUCUUAUGUUUAGAAGGGUGAGAUCUUGGGUUUCAGAAUCAGCCUGAAGACGAGAGCUGACCAUUGGGGACUGGUAUUCCUCCAUGCUCUUGCCUCCUGGCAUCUACUCUGGGUUUGAGCUGGCUCAGGUGCACCCCAGGAAGGACACAGAUCUAAGAGGGCCACCCUUUUGCUUUUUAAACUUUCCUGACUCUAAAAUCUUUCUUCUCAGCAGAUACCUUAAAAAUCAGAAGAUCUGUCUGGUUGAGAAAGUAAUUUGAAAUAUUUGACCUUUUAUGUUUCCUUUAUUUAUAAACUGUCUCUAAAAGUUACCUUCAGUAUGUUAGAUCUAGAAGAAUUUUUUUUCUGAAACCGAAUUUUCUUCAUGACCGUAAACAUUCGCACACACCUUGGCUUGAAACAGAGGCAGCAGUCUUAUGUUUUCCCUUCUUUUGUCUGGAGUAUAUUCUUUUUCCAUUUGAAUACAAUUUCUCAACCUUUGGAAUUCUUUUCCUUUCUAGUUUUUCUUAUUCCAUAAAUGUAACAGUAAAGAAAAGAAUGACCCACAAGCCCAGUGAGCUUGAAUCAACAGGCAGCUUGCCCAGAAUGAAGUUUAGCAGAUUUGUUUCAUUGAGCUAGUUGUUCACACACUGUGCUGAGACUUGAACUCAGGUGAGCCUUUGGUGAAGGGUUAAUACUGCUUGGACUCUGGUGGGCUGUUGGAACUUUUAAGGUUCUAAUUUUAUGGUAAGAAUGUGUCUGGCACUAUCUUAAUCAUCUUUGUUGAUGCGAUUUAGGGCAAGGUCUAGAGUUUCUUUUCAUAAUUAUGCCUGAAAAGAGAAAUGGUGUGAAAGAAGGUUCUGAUGAUUUGUGGGGUUCAGUAACAAUCUGAACCAUCUAGUGUGAGUUGUCUUGGAUGCUGCUGCUGACACCCCAUUGAAAGUAUCCCCUAUUUAUAAGGCAAGGCACCCGAGGAGUGACCAGGAACUAAGGACAGUGAAGGGAGAUCUGGUGCCCACCCAAGGCCAGGCCAGGCCUAACUGAUGACUGCUUCCCUCUCCAGACUCUUGUUUUGCCUUUCCGAUUUUUCCCAAAUUGAUAUUACAAGUGUCAAUCUUUCCUUCUCCUCUCUGUGGAAGUGUGGAAUGCAAAUCUUCAGGCCUUGAAGGGAAAACUGCCUGGUCCCUGGGCUGGGGAGGACAUGGGCAAGGACAGGAUGCCUAGGAUUUCCCCCAACCCCAUACUGACCCAGGCCCAGCUGGGGCCGCCUGCUUCCAGCUUUCUCUUCUCGACCACUUAAAAAUGAGUUUUCAAAUCACAACGAAGUUGAUCUAUUUGCAUAAAAUCAGUGCUUUUGGAACUUGACUUAGUUUGACAUGGUUCCCUCUAAGAGAAUGCUAGGGAUUAAAACUAUUUGUAUAUGUUGAAAUUUUAGGCAAAACACUAAACUAUUUAUUACAGGUAUGACUGUAUUUUUUUUCAAAGCAGUUAAUUCUGUCUUUGUAUAUUUUAAGAUAAAUAAUCACUUCACCUUUGGUGCCUUCCAUGUGUCACAUAAGCACUCUUGUCAAUCAUGGAAUUGGAAAAAAGGAUGUACAUUUAGUUAAAACAGAUAACACUAUUUUUGUAGUAUGAUUUUAGACUGUGUCCUUUUAAUAUUGUUUUCCUUUCAACAAUGCUGGUCUUGAGGUUUGGGCCACUUUUCCUUUAAACCUAAUAUGUAUUUUAAAAAACAAAAACAAAACAACAACAAAAAAAAUUUCCCUGCUACUCCUGUCUCUUCUCUGCUGAAUGUCCCCCACAUCUUGUUUCUGCUUAUUUAAAUAGUCUGAGAGUAAUAGUAUAUUUCUGUGAAACAAUUAUGAGUCAGUAUAAUUGCAUUUGGCAUUAUUUAAUCCUUUGCUCAGUUAGAAGAGACUAAGUGUCACUCACCUCGAACAGUAAGAGGAAAAUGUUUCCAAAAGAAAAGGUCACCCAUGCCCUGACUUCCCAUUCAUUGAGUCUGAAAUGGUGGAAAGUGCGUGUUUGGCUCCCUGUCCCGUUCCCCUGGGAACCUGAAGGUAUUCUAAGGCCUGGAGUCUUCCAGGGUAGUCUGGGUGUCACUUGGUUCCCAGAAACACAGUAGCCUUCUUUAGACGUCACUUCCUCUCAGACUUUAUGUAGGUUCAUGGAUGACCUGGGUGUCUCAUGGCCCUCUUGGGGUUUCAGGCCUGGAUGCAGUAGUUGCUUUGCUGCGAGGAACGGGUGAAACCAGGGCACAGGCAGACUCUAUAGUGGCUCCUUCUGCUUUCCCACCCUUGUAGGACUGAGGAUGUCUGGUCAAGGAUAAUCUUGAGUAAACCAGUUGAGCCAUUGCAGAAUGAAGGUACAUAUUUACUGAAACAUGAAAUUGUAGCUUUAUUUUUUUUUUUUGUCCUUCUGAAGAUUCAAAACAUGUAAUUCUAUAAUGACGGAAGUCCAGUCAAAAGCUAAAUAAUAACAGAUCAUUCAUCGGUACUUCAGCUAGUGGCACUUUUGGGGGGCAAUGUUAAUUGUCCCACUUUGCUUGUGGAAAGUAUUUUUGGCAGUUUAUGGACACAGCUGUGGGGCGUUCUGAGGUGAUGGCCACUGGACAAAUGUUGGUUUGUGCUGUUUGGGACAGAGUUCUAUCCUGGCCUCUCAAGUAGACAUGGGUGCUGUGGGGUGAGCCUCCUGUGGCUCUGACUGGCUCUUGGGUUUGUUCCUACACAUUUGAUGUGGUUUGUGGGCCCCAAAGCAUUUGCUCCUGUUGAUUUGUCCCUGACGGUAUACAAAGCCUAACAUUACCCUAGAUCUUCCCCCUUUAUUUCUUUUGAAGGACCAAUUUUUCAUGGUACUUGUCUUGAUUGUUUUCAUUGUUCAAAUCUGUAUUUUUGUAUGUAGAGGGAAAUAAUUUUCUCAACACUAAUCGCUAAUAAAUAUUGUAUUAAAUUGUCAUGAAGGAGUUCUUGUUUAAUAAAUGAACAUAUAAAAAUGC